AUGAACGUGAAAUCCGAGACAAUGAGGCGUAAUGUCUACUCGACGUGCGAUUCACAGCUUCCGAGCGGUAAGAAGUUUGUGGCCGUAAACCUGUUAAGUGAAGACACGCUUUACUUCGUCGUUGAGCCUAAAAGCAAAGUCAAUGAAUUGUUUGGACAAAUCAGCAAAUUCUUGAGUCUAUGCCAAACGGAAUUGUUUGGUCUCGCCAUCAGAACCGAUUCAUUUAUAUUUCUCGAUUCGUCACAAAAACUUUGCAAAUACGCGUCCAAACAGUGGAAACUCCAGACUAAUGGGGUCGACAACACCGGCAAACCAUUAUUCGCUGUUCAUCUUAGGGUACAAUUUUAUGUCGACUCUUAUCUAUUCAUUAGUGAUAAAGUAGCAAAACUUCUCUAUUAUCUGCAACUAAGGGAGAAUGUAGUCAAUUAUGGUCAGGCCCUCCAAGAGGAGAGAGCCUUUCUCUUGGCAUCGUAUGCCCUUCAGGCAGACUUCGGUAAUUUCAAUCCUCAACUACAUGUCGGCCAAUACUUCAACCCUCAGCUAUACUUCGCUUCGUGGGUAAUCGAAGCGAUUGGUUUGGAUUACAUUAUAGAGCACUUGCCGUUCUUACACAGGGAUCACAAGGGAAUGCCUAAAAGCGAGGCCCAGUCUAUGUAUAUCAAGGAAGCAUCGGAUGCCAGUGCGGCCCAUAAUCUGCAUCUCUAUAGGCUUAAGAAUAAGACGGCCACGAGUGAGGUGUGGAUCGGAAUUUGCACCACUGGUGUCGAAAUCAAUUCAGAAGAACAACGAAUUUCAACCAUUCAUAGGAAUAGUCAUAGCAGUCAUCCCUGUGCUAAACAAAAGACCCGCAUCUCAUACUUCACUUGGGCUGACAUCGGAAAGUUGUAUUUCGAUAAAAAGAAAUUUGAGAUCAGAUCCACGGGUUAUCCCAUCAGGAAGUUUACAUACUAUGCGAAUACAGAGGAAUCGGCCCGUCAUUUGUUAUGGCUUUGCAAAGUUAGCCAUCAGUUCCAACUCGUUGUUCAAACAAAGAUGAAAGAAGUGAAGAGAAGAGAGUCAGAACUCUGUAGAAAAAAGUUUAGAGAAUCAUAUAUUUAUGACCAGAGUUUUGAUUUACCACUCAUUGGUAGGAAUAAUAAGAAAGGUUCCGAUUAUAACAAACAUACGGGUUCUGUAUUGGAAGAGAUGAACGCCCAGAGAGUGUCGGUAAUUAGCAACGCUUCCUCUAAUACCACAUCUGGUAUUGUUUCAGACAAAGUGCAAAGUCUUGAAGACAGUGACAGAGAAGAUAUCGAUAUAGAAAUAAUGAUAAACUCAGCGCCGGUGCUCUCACUUGAAUCUCUAGCUUUGAGUGAACCGAUAGAUAACUCAAUGCGAAGGUCGCCGCCAAAUAUUGAGGACAAACAGUCCAACUCUAUCAGCAAUAUUACAAUGAAUUGCAAUAGUUAUCCACAAAUUAAACAACAAAUUGAUUGUGAGAUGCCUUCGAGUGCUAAUAGUAUAAAGAGUACAUCUUCUGAACAAAGCAACACAACCAUCAAAUCUAUGGUUCCAGUCGUUCCCUCCGAUAGGCAUAUAAUUACUGUCACUAAUAGAGCCGACGCUCAUAUCGAUGUCAAACACUUGACUGUUGUGAACGACAUAACAAUCAAUCAAACAAACGAUACAUUGAGUGUCAAACCAAACAUAUUAUCGACUAGUCCUGAGGCCAUUCAAUCGGCAAACAUAACAAGUGGUGCCAAAGUUGAACCCAAACUGGACCUAUCAGUGCGUUCCGUCAAUCUCUCGAAACUGACCGAAAGAUCCGAAUCAAUGAAUCAUAUCUACGAAAAUAUCCCAUAUUUUUCUCAUUUCCAAAACUUUGAAACCAAACCAAAGCUCCCUUUGAAAGCCUGUCCCUCAUUGAGCUCCACAUUAACUCCGACCACAAACACUAAUUCCACUCAAAGAACCGCAACAAGAAUAGGCAUCUCAUCCCUAACCCGUUCGCACGUUAAGCCCACACUCUCUGUCUUCACAUAUAAUAACGACCAAAAUUCGUCCAAAAAUCAAUGUAUCGCCGCAUCGGAACCCAAUCUCUCCACAUCCAAACUCUGGUCGACCGCAUCCUAUUUGCCUCCAACCAAUUUGCAAGUCAAUAACUGUCAGCUCAGUCCCAAUGCACUCAAUAACUCCAUCAAUAAAUUGUCCAAUAAUUUGGACUCAAAUAUGUGUAACGGAGCUAAUCCUUCGAUUAUAAAGAGGACAUACAAAGAGGGUCGCGCGUACUCCGACUCGAGCGCACAUUACAGCGUCCCAUCAAUACAGCCCUCAUCUGCCGCUUGCGUAACGGUUUCCACUCCUAAGAGUUUAUCCGAUUGUACGGAACCGCUAAUCCAACCAUCCUUUCAUCAGUCACUCAAUAACAUCACAAUGACUUCAAGCCAUCCGUUAAGGCUAUUCGCCAGUGAUUUGAGUGUUAACUCGGAAUCGAGACUACAGUCAAUACUAGUACCUCCACCGCCGCCCCAAUACGCCAACUCUUAUAAUGAAAGUCGAGUCAUUAAAACGGCUAAUUUUUCACAGUUAACCAACGCUAGUCAGAAAGGGAACUCAAUAAUGACAAACGGAAGACUCGCCGCAAACAACUAUAACAGCGACCAAAACGGUUCGGUCUCUGAUCUGCAACAACUCAGACAAAAGAGUCGAGACCUGAAUCUACCACUCAUUACGGCCUUAUUUAAUGACAGAUCGUUAAUGAUGUUACCGAAGACAGUUCCCGGCUCUCGUCAGCGGCACAUCAGUACUGCUCGAGAUAUCCGCCGAUAUUCUUGCAGUUCUGACAUUUGUGCCGAUAUUCCCUAUAAACACCUCUCGACUAUCAAUUCACGAAACAUAGAGUCAGACCUACCGCUGCCUAAAGUCACUCUAAACAAUAGGCCCACGAGUUGGCACAUAGAGUACCCAAACUUACAAAACCAUUACAUUUGGGAACAAUUGCAUAACAAUCAAACCCAAACCAAUGAUUACCGCGAGUAUCGAAACACAACCGCAGACUUUAUUGACCGCCUUUGGGCCGAACAUCAGUUGACCACAUGA